AUGGAAAUGCGACAAGCACGAAGCAGCGAGCGGGACUUAGCUGGCAGCUGGGAGCUGGGGUUCGGGGUGGAGCAGAUGACUAAGCGGGAAGGAUCCUCGGCUUCUGCAGGUGCUCGCAUUCUCGCGAUUUCUUUACUUGACUCCACACCCGCCAUGUUCACAAGAACAUUCGUCUGCUCCGCUUGUAAGCGGCCAAUUGCGGCACGUCUCUUGAGGCGGCCGCAGAGUCAAUACCUCCACGCCUCCCCGGCAUUGGAGCUUCCGCGCCGGAAGGACUUCUUCUCCUCUAACGCUCACCUUGCGCAAAAACAGCUCGGCAAAAAUGAGGGGUUCUCGGACAACCUAGACUCCCAGAAGCAGCGAAGGCGCAGUAGCAGGACGCCUGCAGCCCCCACUUCCCUCCGACGAGUCGCAGUAGAAGCGCAAAGGUCGAAAGAUGGAAUUCUCUCCAAGGUCCAGCUGAAGGAGCAGGGCAUUCAUCAAACUAAGACAGUCACUGCUUACGCCGUAGCCGAACAAUUCAAUAUACGCAAAGUACGAGAGAUUUUACAAGACAAGGGCUAUGAGCCCGAUCCGCUGGCCACCGGACUCUACCCGCAAGUGGUUCACGUCCAAAUACCUAUCGAUGCAAUACGGCGGGUAGGAAACCCUUCCACAACUGAUUUACCAUCCGAUGAAGUUGGCGAUGUAUUUGUUUUCCCGUCCGGUACUGUAGUGGCAUGGUCACUCCCAGAGGGCUUUACAUCAUUCUUGGCGACGAGAACUCUACUUCCGGCGGCUGAAGGGGCUCAUGCCGAUGACUUGGAAACUGAAGACCUCGAGUUUGUGGAGGAUCCUAAUCGAGAAAACAGCAGCAUCAAGGGUGACACCAUCAUUCUGGGCACUAGGCCGGGGGAUGAAGGACUGGAAACGCCGCUCGCAAAACAACAAUCAAUUGACACAGUCCUAACCAAAGUUGCGUUUUCCUCAGGCCUCGCAAGAAGUACUAAGCUCGCAGUGCUCGAGAGCCUUCUGUCUAACUAUUUCGAAUCAACCCGAACCAUUCCCACUCUCCUAUCGCAGGGCUCCCGCCUGCCCUACACGCGGGACUUCAUUCUCCGCAAGACCGGACAGCUACUGAGUGUGCGCGCACAGCUCAAUCUCUACUCGGAGCUUACAGACUCACUUCCCGACCUUUUUUGGGACAGUCGACAUGAGCUUGGUCUUGAGGGAUACUAUGAACAGGUGGGCCGAGCCCUCGACGUGGGGAUCCGCAUCAAGCUCUUGAAUGAGAAGAUGGACUAUGCGCAAGAAAUCGCAAGCGUGCUUCGCGAGCGUCUUAGUGAGACGCAUGGUCUUCGGCUUGAAUGGAUCAUCAUUCUCCUUAUUGCUGUCGAGGUUUGCUUCGAGGUGAUGCGGUUGUGGAAGGAGAGGGUCCACGAGAAAGAGGAGAAUGCGCGGAAACGAUCACCUGAAUCUAGGACUGUGUGA